GCCGAAUGUUCAAAAAAACAGAAAGAAAUGGAAAAUGCAGGCAGUUCAUCAAACUAUCAGCCAUUCAAGAGACUGCAGUCACUUGGCAAAGCUACCAAAAGGCCAAUUCGAUCUUUGCCACAUUCACCUAGAAAGGGACAAGCUGUUGUCAGUGGCCUUGUGAAACGUCUUGGUGUAGAUUUGGAAAAAGAGAUGCAAGCAUCACUGUCAACAAACAAGUGGAAACACUGGUCUUGAAGAAGUACAAAAUACAGUCCGUGCCUUCUAUUUCCGCUCCCAUGUAUC